CUCAGUCUCCUCUCACUUUCGAGUUUCGACUCGAGCAAAUCCCUAGCAAUUUCGCCCACUUCUUCAAUUUUUGCUCACUCACAUACGAAGAACAGCUAAACAAAAUGGCAUCCAGCGAUCAAACUGUGUUGCAAUUUUCACCAUCUUCAGCGAGUUUAUCAGCUAGGGUUCAACCUUUGGUCAUUUUCAACAUUUGCGAUUGCUACGUAAGACGACCUGACCAAGCCGAGCGGGUCAUUGGCACUCUUCUCGGCUCUGUAUUGCCUGACGGCACUGUUGACAUUCGCAAUUCUUAUGCCGUUCCUCACAGCGAGUCUCAAGAUCAGGUUGCACUGGAUAUUGAUUACCAUCAUAACAUGUUGUCAUCUCAUCAGAAGGUGAAUCCAAAGGAAGUGAUUGUUGGAUGGUUUUCUACUGGUUUUGGAGUCUCUGGUGGUAGUGCUUUGAUCCAAGAGUUUUAUUCUAGAGAAACUUCUAAUCCUAUACAUCUGACCGUUGAUACUGGAUUUCAAAAUGGUGAAGCUUCAAUAAAAGGCUUUGUCUCUGUGCAUUUGUCUCUCGGAGAUCAGCCACUUGCUGCCCAAUUUCAGGAAAUUCCAUUGGACCUGCGCAUGGUUGAAGCUGAAAGGGUUGGAUUUGAUAAGCUCAAGAAAACAACCGUAGACAAACUUCCGAAUGAUCUCGAAGGAAUGGAAGCAUCAAUGCAGCGAUUACUUGCUCUUAUUGAUGAUGUCUACAAAUAUGUUGAUGAUGUUGUGGAAGGACGUCUACCCCAGGAUAACAGAACCGGAAGAUUUAUAGCUGAUACUGUGGCUGCCAUUCCUAAACUCUCACCCCAAGCCUUUGAUAAGCUUGUGAAUGAUGGUCUUCAGGACCAAUUGCUUUUGUUGUAUUUGGCAAGCCUCACGAGAACUCAACUCAGCUUUGCAGAAAAGUUAAACACUGCUGCUCAGAUCCUGUGAUUGAUUAUCCUUUCGUGCUCUUGUAAUGCAAGGCCAGAUUUUUGUCCGGGUGACUGUUUGGUCUGAC